CUGUCGUCGGCAUCGUCACACUGAUCACGUGAGUCGACCCCAGACCGCGUUGGAAGUCGGAAGCCUUCAUAACACGCGCUGUGCGGGCUGGCGGUAUUUCUCCGUGCGAACUGCUGAUAGUAGUUUGAAAGGAAGCUUCUUCGUAAGCUUGCGCAACAAGUAACAAUGCCAAAGCUGUACGUGGGCAGCCUUCCCGAGGGGUGCGACACUGCGUCGCUCGAGGCCCUGUUCGCCAAGUAUGGCAAGGUGGAGGAGUGCGACAUUGUCAAGAACUACGCCUUCGUGCACAUGAGCUCCGAAGAAGAGUCCAAGCUGGCCAUCGACGCGCUGCACAACUCGGAGUUUAUGGGUGGCAAGAUCACAGUCGAGGCUUCGCACAGUAAGGUCCGUCCCAAGCCUGGCAUGGGUGGACGUGGCCAGUGCUACCGUUGUGGCCGCCAGGGUCACUGGUCCAAGGAGUGCCCACGAAACCCGAACGCGCGUUUCGGGUCUGGUAUGCCCAUGAUGCCUCCCGGUGGUGGCCCUCUGUCACGCUACCCCAGUGUUGGAGGACCCGAGCGGCUGGGCUACGGCUCCGGUGGGCCCGACCGGUUCAUGGACCGGGGUGGAGCCUACGGCGACAGGGGCUUUGGGGGUGCGCCCGGCUAUGGCGACCGCAUGCGACCCUAUCCUGAUCCAUACGAACGCCGGGCUGCUCCGCCACCGCCCCCGUCAGCUGCUCGCGACGACUUCUACUACUAUCGCCGACCUUACGAAGACUUUGGGAGCAGCUACUACGGCUCUCAGGACGGUCCAAGCCAGAGCUAUGGCAACGGCUACAGUUAUUCGACCGAGCGGACGGCGUACCCCAGCGCGUCGCGUACCCCCGCGUUCUAAUGAGAGCGCGCGCGCGCGUCUCUGCACGAGCGGACUCGGGGGCAGUCUCUCCUCACGGACGCGCUUCACGGACUGGCGGAGGUCGCGUCGUGGCUAGCCGGACGUUGUGCGUGUACCGCCGCUGCAGUGAAGAGGCCCUCGCGACAUAACACACACACACACCUCUCUUCUGAACUUUUUUUUUCUUAUGCUUUCUUUUUCAUCACUGAAAAAGGAAAACCUCAUCACUGUCAUUGAAGUGUAUAUGCUUUUUUGUUUUUCUUUGAGAAACACUACCACCCCCUCGUCAUGUGAGUAGCAAAACAUUUUCUUCUCAUCACUGUCUCAGUAGAGCUGCUUUUCUUUCAUACUGACUGUGAAUAAAGGAUGCGGUGUGUCGCAGGCGUUGCACCCUGUGUUAUGAA